AGGCAUAAGCACUGGGAUAUAAAAUGGAGGAAGUUGAGGGCUGAAAAAGUUAUGAAGAUGGACCUUCCUGAUUAUGACAAACUUAGACGUGAAUCCAUGAUGGACCCCAGUGAGUUUCGAUCAAAAAUGAAGAAAGAAGGCAUGACACCUCCUAGACGUUUUCAAGAAAGACCUAUCAUUAUUGCUAGCACAGGAAGUGUUUUUGAGCCAUAUGUUCCACCUGAGGGUGAUGGUCUGGCCUCUAGACUUUCAGGAAAGGGUGCCAAACAAAGAUUAACAGAACUAGAGAUGAAGGGCAAGUCAUUCCUCCAACUUAGGAAGAUCAAACCCUACGAGGAGAACUUUGACAUAAAAGUUUUUGCCGAGAAGUCUCUUGAUAUCUACAAAGAAGCUAUGAAACUAUUGGAAAAGUAUGACAAUGAAGCUCGCUUACAUGAACUUGUCUCUGAAAAGGCUUAUCCUGAGAUGGUUUGGAAACUAGAGAAGAAGACGUUUCGCUGGUCGUUUAUAGAAUCUUUGGAACCGCCCAGAGUUGUGCAUGUUCGUACAACAGAGAUGAUGUCAAAGGAGAAUAUAUACGCACAGAUAACUGUCAGAUACCUCACUAAACAGAUGAUAGCCAUAUACGAUCGGUUCGGUCGACUGACGUACGGUAGUGAAACAAUUCCUCAAGACUUGCUUGAAUACGUCGUCUUUGAGAAACACAUCGUGAACGAGAAUGGCUCGUGGAGAGUCCACAGCAAAAUAUUUCCCGAUUGGAUGAAAACUGGCGACUACAGUCACCAAGUUGCUGUACUAAGAACUAUGGUGAAACCAAAGUUGGAGGCUAUAGAUCGAAAGGUGGAUGUUGUUAAAAGUAAUGGCGAGAGCGGUGGUAGUGAUAAUGCGACUGGUCAACUUGCUGCUGCUUGA